AUGUUGAUGAAAGCUACCGACGAUGCUUCAGAGACCACAGUUCCCGUCGCGGAAGCUGUGGCCGAGAUGGAUCCCGAAUCUGGUGGAUCAAAGAAAUACGGUGAACUGGAAGGUCAGACAAUGUCUGAGGAUGCCACAAAUCUGCCCCCAAUAAAUCCACCGGUGAAGCAACAGAAAGAACCAGAGACCGACAACUAUGGUCGCAAUGAGAACUGGAACCAUGGCCUCUUUGAUUGUUUCCAAGUCAUUUUCCAACCGCUCUUUUGGAUGGCAUGCUGCUGUGGACCCAUUGUGACAGGCCAGCUCAUGACACGACUUCGGCUGAAUUGGUGCGGACAGCCUGACAAGGUUCAUUUUGGAGCAAAAACGUUCUCCACGGUUGUCGUCAUCUUCAUUGUCUAUCUCUUCACCCAAAUCAUUGGAUGGGGCAUCGUGGGCCUGGCUUUCUUGGUCUACAUGGUAAUCAUUCUAUCGCGAACGCGAGGCUCCAUCAGGCGUCAUUUUCAGAUCCCCGCAAAGACCUUCCCAUGUGCGGAUGGUACGCUGGAGGAUGCCUGCUGCGGUUUCUGGUGCGGUUGCUGUUCGCUGAUCCAAAUGGCGAGGCACACCCACAACGAGACGAAGUAUCCGUACGAGCCUUGCUCAACUUCUGGUCUGCCUCCAUACGCCCCUGUUGUGAUGGAGAGAGACGACGACGAAGAUACUGUUACCAUCCCUGUCGUUUAA